AUGGUCUCGUCUGGCAUCGUUCCCGUCAUCAACUUUGAGCCGUUCCUGUCCGGCACGCCCGAGGACAAGCUGGCGACGGCGCAAGAGCUCCUCAAGGCGGCCAAGGAGGUCGGCUUCCUCAUGCUGUGCAACGUCGACGCCGUCGUCGACAAGGCGACCGUCGCCGAGGCGUUCAAGAAGACGCAGCAGUUCUUCGACCUGCCGAUGGAGGUCAAGGAGCGGCUCGAGUGGGAGUGCGCCGAGUCGAACCGCGGCUACGUCGCCGAGGGCCGCGAGCGCGUCACGCAGGAGACGGACCCCGAGGCGAUCGCCAAGCUGCGGCAGCAGGCACCGGACUUCAAGGAGACGAUGGAGAUCGGCAAGGACUACCGCGAGGGCCCGGACGACUCGCCGUACGAGAACCGCUGGCCCGAGUCCGAGUUCCCCGAGUUCAAGACGUUCAUGAACGCCUUUUUCGAGAAGAACCAUCAGCUGCACCUCGAGAUCAUGCGCGCGCUCGCGCUCGCCAUGGACAUCGGCGAGACGUUCUUCGACGACAAGGUCGCGCAGCGGUCGCACAACCUGCGCCUGCUCAACUACCCGCCGAUCGAGAAGGCCAAGAUCCUCAACGGCGGCAACCGCGCCGGGUCGCACUCGGACUAUGGCUCGGUGACGCUCCUGUGGCAGGACAUGGUCGGCGGCCUCGAGGUGCAGGACAAGGACGGCGCGUUCGUGCCCGCGCGACCCGUCGCCGACACGGUCGUCGUCAACGUCGGCGACCUCCUCCAGCGGUGGUCCAACGACGUCCUCAAGAGCACGAUCCACCGCGUCGUCCUCCCCGCCGACGGCGACCCGCUCGAGAUGACGCCCCGCCGCAACUCGAUCGCCUUCUUCUCGAACCCGUCGUUGCGCACCGUCAUCUCGGCGCUCCCGGGCACGGGCGAGCCCAAGUACGAGCCCGUCGAGACCGAGGCGUACCUCGUCAAGCGCCUGAGCGAGACCUACACCAAGAAGUGAGCGCAUCGAGUCUAUCUAGCCGUCGUCCGUAAUGCAGCAGUGCCCCUUGCG